AUGCUUGCCAGACUCAGUGAAAAUGAAAUUCUUCUAUCCAUUGCUUUGUAUCCCAUUAGGAACAGCAGAAGAGCUGAAAUUAGACUGGUGACAUCUGAAAGCAGGCAGGCAAAGCUGCUGCCAGGAGCAAUGUGUUCAGGUCCAAUCUGCAGCUGUCGGGGAAGAUUGCACCAAGUUGCAAAUGAGGAUACGUUAUGCCAUCAUGGGAAGUCUGUGCUUAGACUUCGAAGAGGUGCUGGACCACCACACAAUUUAGGGGUCCAGAAGGAGAACGUGUCAGCCCUGUUUGGACCCGUUUGCUCGGAAGCAGCUGAGGUUACUGGCUUAUUGGCUUCUCAGUGGAACAUUCCCAUGUUUGCAUUUGGCCAGACUGCAAGGCUGGAUAAUACAUUUUUGUAUGACACCUAUGUCAAAGUGGUUUCCCCUCUACAAAGGAUAGGGGACGUCCUCCAUAAGAGUCUGGAAUAUUUUGGAUGGAAAUAUGUUGGUUUAUUUGGAACUUCAUCGGAUACCUCUACAUGGGAUAAAAUGGAUGAACUGUGGAUGUCUGUAGAAAAUGAACUCCGAAUCAAUAUCACCAUCACUGCUAAGGUUAGGUACAAUACAAAAGAGCCAAGCCUCCAUCAGGAACACCUCAAGUACAUAUCAUCUGUUGCCAGAAUUAUUGUUCUAAUCUGCAGCUCUGCAGAUGUUGGGCCGAUUAUGCUAGAGGCUAAACAGCUGGGAUUGGUAAAUGGGAAGUUUGUUUUCUUCAUUUUGCAGCAGUUUGAAAACAGUUUUUUGGAAGAGGCACUGAGUGAUGAGAAGAACGGCAGCGGGCUGGAAAACUACCAGUCUGUAUUUCUGAUUGGCCUCCGCUCUUACGGAGGACGUGCAAUGUAUUUAGAUUUUGAGAAGCAAGUGUGGGAAAAACUGAAGGAGCAGCCUUUCUCCAGUUCACUAUCUUCAGAGGAAAAGGUGAGUCCUUAUGCUGCCUACCUGCACGAUGCAGUCCUGCUUUAUGCCUUGUCCGUGAAAGAAAUGUUAAAAGAGGGGAAAGAUAUCCGUGAUGGAAAAGCACUUGUCACCAUUUUGAAAGGCUACAAUAAAACCCGUUUGUAUGGGGUUACUGGCCUGGUGUAUAUCGAUGAAUCAGGUGAGCGGUGCAUGGAUUACUCUGUCUACAAUCUGCAGAAAGCUGGGAACUCAUCACGUUUUAUUCCUGUCCUUAAUUAUGAUGGCAAUAGAAAAACAAUCAGCCCAACAGAGGAAAUUGCCAACAUCAGCUGGCUGGAUAAUUAUCCUCCUAAAGACAGACCAGACUGUGGAUUUUAUAACGAACAGUGCAAAACUUCAGUUACAAAUGUGCCAGUGAUUGUUCUGAUUGCUGUCCUGCUGGUAACAACCUCAGGAGCUGCCAGCACUGUGGUGUUUCUAAAGAUCCAGAAAGGGAAGCUAGAAAAGCAAGUGGAUGACAUCUGGUGGAAAAUCAACUAUGAUGAUAUCGUUGUCCUUGGAGAUCAGAAGGGAAUUCUUGUUGCACUCAAAUACAUUGAUAACCAGACAGAUGCCUGGGUUAAGAACCAGUCAGUCCUUCAUGAGGUUCAAUUGAUGCGUGAGCUGAGACAUGAGAAUCUGGUGACUUUCUUUGGCAUAUGCACUGAGGCUCCAAAUAUUUGUAUUGUUACCCAGUACUGCAAGAAAGGAAGCCUACAGGAUGUUUUGAGGAACUCUGAUAUUGAAUUGGAUUGGAUAUUCAAACUCUCUUUUGCCUAUGAUAUAGCCAAUGGAAUGCUAUUUAUUCACAGCAGCCCACUGAACUCGCAUGGAAACCUGAAACCUUCCAAUUGUUUGGUGGAUAAUGGCAUGCAAGUGAAGCUGUGUGGAUUUGGGUUGUGGAAAUUUAAGUAUGGAAAGAAAUGCCAAGUAAUCACUGAGAAAACCACCAAAUAUGAUGAGCUCUACUGGACAGCUCCAGAACUUCUCAGGCUUCAGGAGUAUCCAUUCCAGGGGACCCAAAAGGGGGAUGUCUACAGUUUUGCUAUAAUUAUGAAAGAGCUGAUUAAUAACAAUGAGGAUGGCCCUUUCCACGACCUGGACCAGGAAGCAGAAGAGAUCAUCAGUAGAAUCAAGGAUCCUUGUACACACUUCCCUCUGCGGCCUUCUCUCUCAAGGGAGAAAUGCAGUGAAAGUAUCAUCUCAAUAGUGAGAGCUUGUUGGGAUGAAAACCCAGAGAGAAGACCAACAUUUUCCUCUGUGAAAAGAUUGUUAAGAGAAGCAAGCCCUGAAGGCCAUGUCAGUAUCUUGGAUAACAUGGUGAAUAAACUGGAAAAGUAUGCCAAUCGCUUGGAGGAAGUCGUGGAAGAAAGGACAAACCAGCUGAUGGCAGAGAAGAGAAAGACGGACAAACUAUUGUCAUCACUGUUGCCUAGUUUCAUUGGAGAGCAGCUCAUUGCUGGGAAAUCAGUGGAGCCAGAGAGUUUUGAUUCUGUGACCAUCUGCUUCUCGGACAUUGUUGGGUUCACCAACUUGUGUUCUCUUAGCUCCCCCCUGCAAGUGGUCAGUCUUUUGAAUGACCUGUACAGCCUGUUUGAUAACAUUACUAAGACAUACGAUGUGUACAAGGUUGAAACCAUUGGAGAUGCCUAUAUGGUUGCCAGCGGCCUCCCCAUCCGCAAUGGGAUCAAGCACGUUGAGGAAAUUGCUACAUUGUCUUUGCACUUCCUCAGUGCAAUGAUCCCUUUCAAGAUAGGGCACAUGCCCGGAGAGAAGCUGAAGCUCCGCAUUGGCCUUAACACUGGCCCAGUUGUUGCAGGAGUGGUGGGAAUCACAAUGCCACGGUACUGCCUGUUUGGAGACACUGUUAAUAUGGCCUCAAGGAUGGAAAGUACCAGUUUGCCUUUUCGAAUCCAUGUGUCCAUGACCACUGCUAAUGCCCUGCAAUCCAUUGGAGGUUACAACUUGCAAGGAAGAGGCACCAUAAAAGUAAAGGGCAAAGGGCACCAACAAACCUUUUGGUUAAAAGGGAAAUCUGGGUUUAACGUGCCUCUACCAGAGUUCAGUGAUAACAUGGAAGGCAAUUUGCAGGGGCCUUUGCAGAUUCUCUGUGGGUCUGCAAAACCUUCAACACGAUCUGCGUUGCUGUAAGGAACAUUGCAAAACGAAAAAAUCCCACAGAAAUGUCU